CCCUGUAUUGUGUGUGUGGCUUGACAAGUGAUGUUUUCUUUUCACGAGCCAUGUUAGCACUGGAAGCUCUAAAACAAAACAAAAAAACAAAACAGCGGUUAGCUACCAAACUGUCAGGCGUAACAAAAAAAAAAAAAGUGCUUCGCUGUAGCUUUACUUUAAACUAGCGGCGGCGUCAUUUGCAUAUUUUACUGCCUGGUUUUUAAACCCAAAGCUGGGCUGGACUGGCUGCAUUUCAAUGGACACUCUGUCAAAAACAUCACAAGCAGCUGAUGCUACGCGGGAGAAGGAGCUUUGUCCACCAGCACCCAGUGGAGUAGUGUCUGACACCCUUUCACUCCCAUCUUAUAAAGAGUACCCUGUUCACCGUCCCUUCAUCAACUCUCUUGUGCAUCACAAGCCUCAAACACGCACACAUCUGUCAUAUCGCCCAUCAUCACCCAGUAAGGCUCUCCCAGAGACCAGCAGUGCAGCGAUCCUAUCUGCCUUAAGGAACCUGCAGGAAAAGAUCCGGAGGUUGGAGUUGGAGAAAGGACAUACGGAGCUCAGUCUGCACACUAUGGGGAAAGAUUCAUCACGCACACAUCUGCAGGGCGAUAAAGUCACACAGAGACUCUUUAAUGAUAAGGCCAAUGCCGAAGGAGAGAUAAGUAGCCAGUCCAACUGCAAUCAAGUGCUGAUCACACACCUGGCUGCUGCGGAGUCUCGCUGUGUGAAGCUUGAGCGACAGCUGGAUCACAUGAGGAGGAUGUUGCGUAAUGCCAAGGCAGAUAAGACCAGCCUGCUCAAACAGCAGGUUACCAUGGAGACGGCCAAGUCAGCUGAUCAACAGUGUGACACAGUGUCUGAGCAUGCCCAGUUGGACAAGCUGGAGCGACUGGAGCAGGAGUAUCUUCGGCUGACACGCACGCAAAACAACGCCGAGAUGAAGAUUAGGCAGCUGGAGAUAAAACUACAGGAGGAGGAGCACCAGAGAAAGCUGGUCCAGGAUAAGGCCAAUCAGCUACAGACAGGUUUGGAGGCCAAUAGGAUACUGCUGAACUCAGUGUCACCUCGCCUGUCAACCAGACAGUCCAAAGAGAGGAGGUCCAAUUUAAAGAAAUCUUCACCACAGCAGUCGUCCUACACACAGCCACACUAUAGACUGAGCCUUAGAGAUGUACCUUUUGUUGCUGGAACGUCAGUAGGCUGCAGCCACUCAGUCCGUGCAAACGUCCAGUCAGUUUUGUCUCUCCUGAAGCGACACCAGCCACACCUCUGCAACAGCCGUGUCCUCUCUAACGGCUAUGAGACGGGUAGUCCCAGGCAUUCAGACACCUCCUCAUCCUCCUCCUCCACAAGUGAGGAGGAGCUAUCCGAACUACUGCAAGCACUACAGGAGGAGCUGCGACUCAUGAGCUUGGAGCAGGAUGAGUUGAUGAGGCAGGUGGAGGACAGUGUUUCUGAACAGGAAAGAAAAGAACUUCAGUCAGAGCAGGAGAGACUGCUGCUGAAAAUGGAGAGGAAAGGAGAGCAGAUCAGUAAACUCUACAAACACAAAACACAGAUAAAGAAGUUAAGAAAAGAGGCUAAUUACAGGCCCAACAGUGGAAGUGAGGUGAAAGUGACUACCACAGUGUCCACCAGAGGUCGCUCUGCUGGAGUAGUCAAAGUGAGACCAGGAGAGCGAAGCAAGAGGAACCUGAGGCUGCUGAGAGACAUGAAGGCUCUGCAGACCUCAUUACGGACCUGAAACCCACCAGGACAUGAACACAGCACGUUAGUUUCGUCUCAUUGGUGCUAUCUACCUACCUUUGACCAUUGUUUCACCAUCAACACAGCUACUGACUGACUACACAAGAGAAAAAUGUUUUUUUUUACUGUAUUAAAAACAUUGCGACACAUCUGAAGAAAAGAUUCUUUUAAAUCAGACCUGAGUUUUGUCUACCAGUGCACCCAAAGUGCAUUUUUAUCAAAAUAUGGUCGGUUUGUUGUCUGAUUAGUCACCUUAGUGUCACAUGAUUUAUGACUUAUAAAAAAAGAGAGGGCUUUAAAUGAUAAUUGACUUAUUCUUUAAAGAAACUCUGGAGCAUAUUAACUCAAACAUCGACCUGGACUCUUUGAUAUUUAUUUUGAUGUUCAAGUCUUUUACCAGCAGAGGGCAUUAAAGUUCAUAACCAGAGCUCAAAUUGUGCUGAUAUUUAUAUAUAUAUAAACAAAACAAAAAUGGACAAACUGGACUGAAAUGAGUCUCAGAAAAUAAAAAAAAAUAUUCCUAGUUUUGUUUUAUUUGUUUUUUUCAAGAAGCCAAAAUCUCACGGUGCUAAAACAUUCCUGGGUUUGCAUGACAGAUUCUAAAAAUUCAUAAAGUGGAUGCAAGAGCCAGUGGUAGGUAGAUUUCUGCAGUGUGAGUAGCCUAAUAAUGUGCUGAAGGACCUAAAAGAAAUGUACUGUGCUUUGUUUGAUUAAAGUGGCAGAAUCUGCUUGAUUGAUGGGUCAUAUUUGCAGACUCAGUAUGUGUGUAUGCGCACAUGUGUUGUUUGUUUUGAUCAGAAUAUUUGUAAUUAUUUCUACAAAUAUACGUAUUUGGAUUUUGAUAUUUCUUUAAUAAUCAUGGGUCACAUUUCUGAGUGAAAACACAUUCCGUUGAGAAAUAAAGUAUUUGCUUGCCUAU